UAUUUAAUUAUAAUAUUUUUUAUUCUUAUUAAAAAUUCCUAAUAAUUAAAAAAUAUGAUUUUCAAAAUUGUUUUAACAAUUAUAUUAUUUAAUGUCACACUGGUAAAAUGUGAUAACAAACGAAAACAUUGCAGUUAUUCUAAAUAUAUGUGGAACUAUUUUAAACUUAAUGAACAUUAUUUGUUACAAAUGUAUAAAAAUAUUGAAAUUUAUACUGAAGAAGAUUUAAAAAAAUAUGGACGAGCUAUUCAAACUCAUGGAGAUGUUGUAUUAUUAAUGAUUCAAGAUCUACUGAAAAUUGAUAGUGAUCAUUUUCCAUAUGACUUAAUGUCGGUAAAUUUGUAUUUAAAUAAUAAUUCUGGUUCGAUAAAUGUAAUGUAUAGAUAUGAGACAAGUAAUAAUAUUGGAUAUAACAAAGUUUUUCUUGGUAUACAAGGUUUAAGAUUACAAAAUUAUUCUAUGAUGGUACAGUUAGAACGUUAUAUCGAUUCUUAUUGUUCUAUUGAACAAAUUGCAGAAUUUGUCGAGUAUCCUAAAAAUAACAUAUCGAAUGAAUUAAAUAUUGAUAAAAUAAACAUAUUUACAAAUGAUUUAAGAGAAAAAAUGAUUAAAGAAAUAAAUCCUGAAAAAGUUGACAUAUAUAAAAUGACAUUAUACCAUCCUUUAAAUGUGUUGUUUUAUAAUAUAAUGUUAAAUGAGUCUGAUAUAUAUGCAGUGAAAGGUACUGAAUCAAGACAACAUCAAGAAUUUGACGUUGAUGGUAAUCCAAAAAAUAUUUUAGACCUUCUUCGAUUUGCUCCUCUUGAUAUACAGUGUACUGAUGAUACUAACUUGACUGUACAUGAUAUAUUUCGUUUUAUGAAGUAUCAAUAUUUGUGCAUUGAUAUGAGAGCAUUCCAAGUACUUUUACUUGGUGCAUCAUUUUAUCCUGUUGGAAUACUUAUAGCUAACUACGUACAUUUAGUAUCCGAGAUAAUUCAAAAUGAUAUAAAUAUCCAAAAUUACGAGGAGGAAGACUUUAUAUCUAUACAAUGUUUGGGUGAAAAAGUUAAAUUCACUCUUCAAAGUUUUAUUAAAUUAGAAAUUUUUAUAGAUCCAGCAAAAAAUUUUUUUGUAUCACUUCUUAAGCAUUUAUAUGUAAUUGUAUAUUGGUGUCGUGGCACACGUACUUUAGAUAAAUUAUUACCAAGUACAAUCUUAAAAAAAUUAAAAGAUUUUAUGUAUAAUAUUAUGUUAAAGUUCAAUGUAAAAUUAGAAACAAUAACAGAGGAAAAUCUAAUAGACAUACAUAAAACUAUAUUAAAAGAUAAUGCUCUAGUUGAUUUAUAUCUUCAAGAACUCAGCUAUUAUAGAAAUUCAUUUUAUUUGAUUUAUGUCAUACAGCCAGUUGGAAGAAUUAACAUUAAAGACUUUAAAUUCCUUCUGACACCAAAUUUAAUUGAUGUAUUAUGCGCAGAUAAUCCAAUAGAUUAUUGUAACAGUAAAAACGAUAAAAGUGAUACUAGCGACAACAGUAAUGAAAUUAAUGUUUACGACCUAGGGAAUAAUGAUGGCUUGGAUGAAUUCAAAACUGAAAAUAUUGAACAUUUUAAAGAAGUAGCUUUUAAAAGAAAACAAAAUAAAAGUUUGAAUUUAUCAAUUGACAUGAAGGAUUUCCCAAAACAUAUGGUGGAUUACUUUCUUUGUUCUGAAUAGAAAAUUAUAUGUUCAUACUAAUAUACAGAUUAGUAUAAUACCUUAUGUUAUUUUAUGCAUUUUACUUAUACUUAUAAUUUAAUAUUACUUUAAUAUACAGCUGUUCAGUAAAUAAGAAAUCAUAUUAUUUGUUAUAAAUUGUGAGAACAAUAGAAACCGUUUUCUUACUUACUGAGCAGCAACAUAAAUAUAUAUAUAAAUAUAUUUUAUUGUUC